AUGAAGAUUUACAAGCAGGUGCUGGGGCCAGAGCAUCCUGAUACUUUAACUAGCAUGGCAAACCUGGCAUCAACAUACAGUCACCAAGGACGGUGGAAAGAAGCAGAAGAGCUGCGGGUACAGGAGAUGGAAAUCUGCAAGAGGGUGCUGGGACCAGAGCAUCCCGAGACUUUAACCAGCAUGGGCAACCUGGCAUUAACAUACAGUAGCCAAGGACGAUGGAAAGAAGCAGAAGAGCUGCAGGUGCGGGAUAUGGAAAUCUGCAAGCGGGAAUUAGGACCAGAGCAUCCUGACACUCUGACCAGCAUGGCAAACCUGGCAUCAACAUACAGAAAUCAGGGACGAUGGAAAGAAGCAGAAGAGCUGGGAGUACAGGUGAUAGAUAUCCGCAAGCGGGUGUUGGGGCCAGAGCAUCCUGGCACUCUAACCAGUAUAGCCAACCUGGCUCUAACAUACGAGAGCCAGGGACGAUGGAAAGAAGCAGCGGAGCUAGGAGUGCAGGUAAUGGAGAUUCGCAAGCGAGUGCUAGGACCAGAGCAUCCUGACACUCUGACCAGCAUGGCUAACCUUGCCCAUACUUGGAAAUCCCAAGAAAAGAUUCAAUAUGCCUUGUCUUUGAUGGAAAAAUGCGUUAAGUUGCACAAUAGCGUAUUGGGUCCUAAUCACCCACACACCAUAUCCUCAUCUCGCUCCCUCAGGAAAUGGAAAGAAAUGGGCAACCAGUGA